GGCGCUUUCGGACUUGUUGCAAAUUCAUGCUGUGCUUAGCGUAGACCUCAAACUAUCCCCAUUUGCAAAUGGUAGAGGUUAUCGCAGGGCAAAGUGCUGGAAUAGCACCUCCUAGAUAGUACUAGAUAGGAAAGCUGCGCUCCCGGGGAAUACCCACAGGUCUGGCUGGAGCUUUGAGACUUCUCCACUCCACCCUCGUCGCCUCCAGUCCACCAAGUUCCCACGGCCAUUGCUUGAAACGAUACUGCAACUUAGCAACCAACCGCAAACAAUGACACAACCAGAUUUCGCCUCCCUCCGCGGCAUCCUCGGCGACGAAGUCCCCUCCAUGUCACUCGGCGUCCUGCUCGCCGAGUCCAAAGGCGACCUAUCACGAGCAUGUCAUUUAUAUUUCGAGAACCCAGGCAAAUACCAACGACUUGCGAUACAGGCGGCCGACGCCGGGGUGAAGCGGAAGGCGGAGGAGGAUGCGGCGAUGGGGACGAGGGAUGUGAAGCGGGUGAAAGCAGCCGGUGGGGCCGGGUCGCCGCAUCCGGACGGGGAGUUGAAGUAUGCAGGCGACGUGAUACUGGUAGCCCUUGCGACCAUCCGGGGGCCCAACCAGCUACGAGACGGAGACGAAAUCGAGACGAUCGACCAUAAGACCGUCUACUCGGCCCAACCGACGUCCAAAAGAUACCCACGCGCGUCCAAAACACCCAGAGGGCCCAUCACGCGCAUCCGGGCCGGCGGCAAAGAGGUCGCCAAGAUGUCCAAAGACGACGCGAAGGUGCUCGGCAAGCUGGUCGAGAUGGACGUCAUCGUCAUCCGCGGCACGGUCGUCUCAGCCCCACCCUCACUCACACUGCUGUGCGAUAUUAUCCUGCAGCUCCGCAUCUUCUUCACUAAGAAGGCGUUUAUGACCGUGGCGUCGGCCGACGAUGAGGAUACCCAGGACCAGACGAUCAAGGAUCGCAAGAUUGCGCUGUUGACGUUAUUCAAGAUGCUUGGGUUGCGGCCGUUUGACCCCGCUGAGGCUGGGUUGAAGGAGGAUGCUGCGGUGGAUGCUGCGUCGAGUGGUGGCGCGGUGCCGGGUGAGGACGCGGUGGAGGAUGAGAAGGAGCUGGAGGAGGAUCAGGUGGAGGUUUUGUAUGAGAAGGCGAGAGGUUUUGAGGAUGUGCAGGAGAUGGAGCCGAAGGAGGGGUUGGUUAUUGACUUGAGGGGGUAUCAAAAGCAGGCCCUAUCCUGGAUGGCGGCGAAAGAAAACCUUCAAGUAGAUUCGGACUCGCAUUCAAUACAUCCCCUGUGGGAAGAGUACGCCCUUCCAAGUCCGGGAAACCAGUGCGAGGCUCAUCCACAGAAGAUCUACUUAAACCCAUACACCGGCGAGAUGCAAACACGCUUCCCAAGCGCCGCCGACCGCACUCGGGCAGGAAUCCUUGCCGACGAGAUGGGACUCGGCAAAACGCUCGAGACCCUUGCUCUCAUACACACAAAUCGACCGACGCAGGAAGAGAUGGGGCAGUCGAGUUGGACGAACCAGUUCCAACCGUUUGCGCGGUAUGCUGCCAAGGGGAACUCGACGGACUCUGUACUUCCGUCAAGCCGGGCAACGCUGGUCGUGUGCCCGCUGUCCCUUCUGUCCCAGUGGCGCGAUGAGGUCACGGAACGCUUCAGGCCGGGGACAUUAUCUCACGCCGUUUUCUACGGUACAGAACGGUCAUUGAAAAUCUCGGAUCUGACAUCUAAAGACGCACCCGAUGUCGUCAUCACAACCUACGGAGUCGUCGCGAGCGAAUGGCAAGCAACAGUGAAAACCAACAAGCGCGCCUCGCUGAUAUUCGGCGUGCAAUGGUUCCGAGUCGUGCUGGACGAAGCGCACUGGAUCAAAAACCAGCAAACCGCCACCGCCAAAUCCUGCCACAAGAUCGACGCGCGACGUCGGUGGUGCGUUACCGGCACGCCCAUCCAGAACCGGCUCGAGGACUUAUUCUCCCUGGUGCAUUUUCUCCGCAUCGAGCCGUGGGGGAACUACUCCUUCUGGCGACAGUUCAUCACCGUACCCUUUGCCAAUAAGGACCCAAAAGCUUUGAACGUAGUCCAAUCGGUUUUGGAACCGCUCGUCCUCCGUCGCCAGAAAACAACGCGAGUGGGACCCGAAGGCCGACCGAUCGUGGAACUCCCGCCCAAAACGGUAGAGACCGAAUACCUCGAUUUCACAAAAGAGGAGCGCGAUAUCUACACGGCACUGUUUACGAAAUCUAAAACGCAGUUCUCGGCGUUCUGCGCGGCAGGCAGCGUUCUCAGCCAUUGGGCGCAUGUGUUUCAGAUGCUGACGAGGCUGAGGCAGUGUUGCUUGCAUCCGGAGUUGGCGUUGGGGAAAGGGAACGCUGCUGCGUCGGCGUCGACGAGUAGUGCAGAUGGGUCGGAUAUGGACAUCGAUGCGUUGAUCAAACGGUUCCAAAAUGGGUUGGAUGGGAACAGCAGCACCACCGGUACAUCCGACCGCGAUACCUACGUCGACACCGUCUUCCAACGCCUUGCACAAGCCGGCAAAUCCCCCCUUAACGGCACCAGCCCCUCCCAAGAAGACGACGACUCCUCGUGCCCGAUCUGCUUCGACCUGAUGGUCCAGCCAACCCUCUUCCCCUGCCUGCACAUGAGCUGCUUCGAGUGCAUCGUCGGAUACCUCCAGAAACGCGAGCAGAUGGGCGAGAAGGGCGAGUGUCCGAUUUGCAGGAAGGAGUUCAGGGAAGAGGACUUGUUGGAUAUUGUUAGGGCGCCGAGUGCGCCCGCUGCAACUGCUGUCAGCGCGGGGGACACUCAAACGGAUGGGAAGCAAUCGUCGACGACUUUGGUAGAUGAUAACAAGGAAAACGGCAAAACCGACUCGGACACCAUCAUCACAUCCCCACCACCACCUCUACCAACCCACACAAUAACCCUCCGCCGCCACUUCCACGCCUCCACAAAACUUCUCACCCUAAUCCACCACCUCACCCACCUCCGCACCACGCAACCCGACGUAAAAACAGUCGUCUUCUCACAGUUCACAUCCAUGCUCAACCUCUGCGAGAUUGUGUUACAGGAACAUGGGUUUGGGUUUUGUAGACUGGAUGGGACGAUGAGUCAGAGGGAACGGGAGGCGACGUUGCGGAGGUUUGCGAGUGAUGAAGGGGAUGCGGGGGAAUGUAGGGUGUUGUUGGCGAGCAUGAGGAGCGCGGGGGUGGGGUUGAACCUUGUGAGGGCGAGUUUUGUGGUUAUCAUGGAGCCGUGGUGGAAUGUAAGUAUUGUUUCAACCCCCCUCGCAUCUCCUCCAUUGGACAGCAAGUAUCUCUCUCCGUUAGCUGCUAUCUAACACACAGGUUUCCCGUUUCGCAAUCGCUUUGCAACGCACCAUAGGCCCCCGUAGAAUCCCAAACUAUCGACCGCGUCCACCGCAUCGGCCAAACCCGCCCCGUCACUGUCAAACGGUUCGUCAUGCGUGACACCGUCGAGGAGAAGAUGCUUACGAUCCAAGAGCGCAAGACGGUGCUGACUAAGUGGGCUAUUGGGGAGGGUGAAGUUGGUGGUGCGAGUGCAGGGAGUGGUGGGACGGUGGGGGCGGCGGCGAAGAGGAAGGAGGAGGAGAAGAGGGGGAGGAUUGAGGAGUUGAAGACGCUGUUUG